AAGCUCAGGACGCGCAAUUGACACUAGCACCUGGACAGGCGUCCAAGGAUUGUUGCUGCGGGUGCUGUCUUCGCAGAUCUCCUUCACCCGGUGAGGCUUGGCGCGCUCAUCGCCAGCUGGCUGCGACAAGCGAUCCGUGCUGUCUCAGCAAGCUCCCGCGAACUCCCCGCAUUAGACACGCGCGCCCGAUGACACUCGAGUCUCGCACACAUAAUGACACUGCUUCAACUGCGCAUACGACACGUAUAAGACGGCGAUAUCUGAGCCACCAUGUCGCGCGACCCUGGCUACUCGCGGGCGGGAGCUAAUGGAGCCAACGGAGCCUACACCAACGGCAAUGGGAACUACAACGGUAACGGGACCUAUGGGAGCUACGGCGCAUCCAACGACGACUAUGCAGGACGGCCCAGUGGAGAGUCAAGGCGCCCAGGCGGCUACGGUGGGCUGCGUGGACAGGACGACGAGUCUAGGUCCCCGUCACGACCGAGCACCGACCGACAGCGCAGACCAGGCGGAUAUGGAGGCAUGACUCCGGCUGAAGACAACUAUGCGCCGCGACCAAGCGGCGAGAGUGGACGAGAGCGUCGGCCAGGAGGCUACGGUGGCUUCCAACCACGCAGCCAGGAGCGCACCCAAGAACGUACCCAGGACGCACCUCACGUUACACGCCCCACCAGUAUCGAGCGCAUGCCGGUUCGGCCGCGCAGCAGCGGAGGGCGGUUUGGAAACCCUGCUGAUAGGAAUCGCAAUAGGCCCGGCGGCCAGCAGAACUACGGUUCAGGCAGCCAGCGCAUUGAGGAAGUCAUCAAGUACAUCCAGGACAACUGGGACUUCAUGACAGGAGACCAGUGCGUGCCAAUUGAGGUUGCGCUCAAGCUGAUGGACUCAAGCUCUCUUGGCCUGGCAGAUCAGUCUGACCAGUUUCGACAGUCGCACCAAGAGCUUCAGCAGGCCCUCAAGACCAUCGUCAAUGAGCACCAUCAGGGCUUUAACAGUUCUAUCGGUACCUUUCAUCAGAUCCAAACUAGCCUGCAAAGCUCUCAACAUCGUGUGAGAAACCUGAAGACGUCUCUGACUUCCGCCAAAUCACAGCUCUCAACGACCAAGCCUGAACUUCGCGAGUUUGCCACCGCAUCUCAGAACUAUGACGAGAUGAUUCAGAUGCUGAACAGCAUUGAACAGCUACAGCUGGUCCCAGAGAAGCUAGAGGCUCGCAUUUCGGAAAAACGCUUUUUGACUGCAGUAGACGUUCUGCAGGAUGCCCUGCGCAUGAUUCGCAAGUCGGAAAUGGAGAACAUAGGAGCUCUCAGUGACUUGCGCACAUAUUUGAGCAACCAAGAAGUGUCUUUGACUGACAUCUUGAUCGAAGAGCUUCAUAGCCAUCUCUACCUCAAGUCUCCGUACUGCGAGGAGAGGUGGAAAGAGUAUGCACAGAAUCAAUUCAAGGGCGACGUCUCUGAACGCGCCCAAGCAGAUGUGCGAGGUCGCCUGUUGUAUUAUUUCCUGGAGGACCUGGACACUGCUGAGGUGAUGACGGAUGAUGCAACACACAACCCAGAAACCGAUACUUUCCAAUACAUUCGAUUGGUAGUAGAGGCACUAAACAAAAUGAAUCGUUUGGAACUGGCAGUAGACACAAUCGAGCAAAGACUUCCGGUGGAGCUUUUCAAGGUUGUGGAAAAGUCGCACAAUGAGGUCGCACUACGCCAUCCCAGCACCUUACGUGCUUACGCUUCGAGGAAAGGCAGCAAAUCCAAGACUGACAUUGAAAGUGAUUCAAUACGCACAACACUUCUCAACGAUCUGCUUUGGACCCUGUACGCACGCUUUGAGGCGAUCGCUGAGAGCCACCGAGUCGUCCAUGAUGUCGUCGUUGGUAUCAUCCGCAGGGAAGGGAUUCGCGACACUACCACCAGCGCUACCUUGACCCGAGGUUUCAAGGAAUUGUGGAAGCUCUAUCAGAGCGAGAUGCGGUCCUUACUCCACGACUACCUCGCGACAGAUGGCGAAACGUCGUAUAGGACUGGCCAAAAGCAGACAUCCAUCAGCAGUGUUUUCUCGCGUGCACCUCGCGAUAAAAACAAGCGCAUGUUUAAGCUUUCAGAUAUGGACGUCAAGUCAGCUGAAGUAGCACAAGAACGAGAGGAUCUGGAGUUCAUCCUGAAAACCUCGGUCCCCGGACUUGUGUCUGACUCUAAAAGGACAGAAAGCGCGAGCACAGAAACUAACCAUAAUCUCGAAGGCAAUGCAACUGGGCAUAAGUUGCUGGUGGAACCGAGUGUCUUCAACAUGGGUAUCCUGCUUCCGCCUUCGCUCGACUUUUUGAAUAGGCUGAAGGAAGUUGUACCAACAGGCUCAGACAUCGUCAUGAGCACACUGACAUCAUUCCUGGAUGACUUCCUUGUGAACGUCUUUCAUCCUCAGCUUGACGAGACCCUGGUUGAGUUAUGUGCACAAGCUUACGUCGAGGUUGAUUCCUACCAGGAGGAUCCACACUGGACAAAGCGCUCAAAGAAGCCCAUCUUCAAGGGAACUGCAAACUUCCUCACUCUCAUCUCAGCUUUUUGCAAGAUGCUGGAUAAUCUUCCGCACGACCAAGCUUUCUCGCAACUCAUCGUCCGCCAGAUGGAGACCUACGCACGGAAAUGCACGAGCUGGUACCAGGCUCUUGUUAGCCGCGGUAGUCCUACGGCGAGUGGUCGUAAGCUUCGAGCGCCUGCGGCGUGGGCAGAGUCUGCAGAAAUGGAGGAUCUCAUCAACCAGAUCUUCCAAACAGAUCCAAAGGACUAUAUCAACUUCAAUACAUUUAUAGAGCAAGAAGCGAGUCUGCUCCUGCCAACUAUCGAGAAAGAGCCGUUGGACCAGGGUGAUAUCAUACAAGAUAAGAAGACUUUGACGAGUCUCUGUCUGCUCUACACUAGUAUGAAGUGGCUGUCAACGAAGAUUGCAAGAUUACGGCAUAUCAGCGACCGAGCUACAGACUCAACACGUAUUGAGCCUGGCAAUCAACGCCACAACAGACGCUGGACGCUGCUCUCCUCUUCGGAGCCUAGAUCUGAAGGAACACCUGUCUACUUACCAUUGAAUCCAGAAACCGCUGCCGAGUUCGACAGUGUAGUAUCCACCUACCAAGCCCUCAGCACCUGCGUCCUACGCACCUUGCAUUUAUCAAUCCGGACCACAGUUCUCUUCUCCCUCAAUACAUGCGUCCGGCCGGAGAUCAAUGUAGAUUCGCUUCUCGGCGAUCCCGACCCUUCCAUUCUCACCUUGAACACGCAACUCGUCUCUUUCGACACCGAAGUCAGCACAUACGUCCCUGCUUCUUCGUACGCACUAAUCACCUCCGGUCUCGCCGCUUUGAUGGACAUCUAUCUGCUUUCCCUCUGCACGUCCAAGCUCGAGAACAUGAAUGCCAAUGGCUGCGCUCUGAUGCAACUGAACCUGCUUGUACUGCAGCAAAACCUCAAGAACAUUGAGGAUGGGGCUUCUCUACCCAACGUCGCGCUGCUCUUCGACCUUUUCACUGCAGGCCCCGAAGCGAUCGUCGCCAGGGCGAGAGAGCAUGGUAAAGGCUUUGGGCUGCACGGGUUGGCCAAAGAGAUGUUCACGCAAGAGAAGGUAAAGGGACUGCUAGAGCUGGCGUACAAGGAGAGGCUGAACGACGAGCGGAGGGAGGCAGUGGUCCAAGCGCAGCGAGAAAGGGAUGCGCAAUUAUUGGAGAUCAGCGAGUUCAUGUACUAGGCGGUCGCGGUGAAUGUUGGUAAUGUUAUUGAUUUUGCGUUUUGCACGCGAACGUAGUAUACCAAUAUUGCAUGCAUGCUUUUUCAGCCGAUCUAGGAUAUCGCUGCUUAAUUCCGCUCGCGCGUCGCACCGAGCAAAGCCGUAACCGGGAGUGUACGAC